GCGGCCAGGUGAGGGGCUGAGCGGCCCGGCCCGGCCCGGCCCUCCUGCUGGGGUGGAGCGGACCCCGGUCCCGGGCCGCUGGGAGUGCGGUCGGAGGGGGCGGGGGGGCUCGGCAGCUCCCGGCGCUGCGGGAAGUAGGCCGGAUGAAGAUUGAACUGUUUGCUGAUGUUGUGCCCAGGGUAGCAGAGAACAUCAGGCAGUUCUGUACUGGAGAAUUCAGGAAGGAUGGCGUUCCUGUAGGUUACAAGGGAAGUACAUUCCACAGAGUAAUCAAGGAUUUCAUGAUACAAGGAGGAGACUUUGUAAAUGGAGAUGGAACUGGUGUAUGUAGCAUUUACAGAGGGCCAUUUGCGGAUGAAAACUUUAAAAUAAAACACAAUGUCCCUGGUCUGUUGUCCAUGGCAAACAGUGGCCCAAAUACAAAUGGUUGCCAGUUCUUUAUUACCUGUGCUAAGUGUGAUUGGCUCGAUGGGAAGCACGUUGUUUUCGGUAAAAUAAUUGAUGGAUUGCUUGUAAUGAGGAAAAUAGAGAAUGUUCCCACUGGCCCCAGCAAUAAACCCAAGCUUCCUGUGGUGAUUGCACAAUGUGGAGAGAUGUAGGGUGAACUGAUGAGAGAAGGGCACCGGCUCUCCGCCUGACUGACAGAGACCUGCUGUGUAACCUGCAUACUUCUCACUUCCCUGUUUGCAGAAACUAGUCCUUUGUUGGUACACAUAGCUGAUCAGAGGUUUUUACUUGGGCAUGUAGAUGCUAUCCCUCUGAAAUGUUGACCCAAUCAGAAAGGAGAUUUAUGUGCUAGGUACAUCAGCUAGCUCAAGCCAUAUUUUUAUUAAUUUAGUGUAACUACUUGAUACCCAGUCUUUAUUUAAACCUCAUCAGAUGUAUCUCAACCCACCUAGUUUCAAUUAGAUACAGGCACAUGUUGGCCUUUCUCCUUCCAGGUACAAUAUUGGGUUAACUUGCGUUUGUGACAAGAUUUCAAAUCAAAGAUUUUGUUUUUUUUUUUGAAGGAGUUUGCUCUCAGUGUCAAAAUGUGAUAAUAUCAAAUCAUAAUAGAAGGUGACUUACUGCAGUUGUAAUUAACUGUGUUUUAAGUUACAGGUUCAGUUUAUUACCUUUUAAGCAGAUCUUUUUUUAAGAACUAUUGUAUGUAUUUUGUAUGCAAAUAAAUUUAAAAGCUGUAA